AUGCCACUUCAAAAUGAUCCCUUGUACCAGGACCUCAACUGGCGGCUGGUCCUCAUUGGCUGCGUUGCCAACCUUGGCGCCAUGGGUUUCGGCUUCGACAAUGGGUGGUGGGGAGGCGCUUUGGGUCUAUCCCAAUUCCAACGAAAGUACGGUGCCUAUGAUGAUGAACUCGGGCGAUACGCCAUUCCAGCGGAGAAAACAUCAGUCGGGACAAGUACUGGCUCCGCCGGUAUCAUCAUCGGCUGCAUUAUGGCUCCUCUUGCUACUUCUAGGCUCGGCCGAAAGAAGUCUUUCCUUGUAAUCUCAGCUCUUAUGGGAACUGGCGUGGUGCUUGAGUCUUCUGCGGUUACGUCGUUCUGGCAGCUUGUUGUUGGGCGGAUCUUGGUGUACGCCGGCAUGGGGCUUUCCUCCAACGUCACCCCAUGUAUCUCUCGGAAUGCGCUCCGCCACGGAUUAGAGGUGAUUCAACGAGGCUUCACCAUGCCUAUUUCUAUGCUGACGAGUCUCUCAGGUGCUUUUCUUGCACUCUACAGCUUCUUUCUCUCUCUGGGAGUUUUCUUGUCUGCCAUCGCAGUAAACCUUUCACGGAGUCGCACCGAUCAAUGGCAAUAUCUAAUCGUAAUUAUCUGCCAGUUAUUCGUUCCUGUGGGAUACGCGACCCUGUAUCCGUUUCUCCCAGAGUCUCCACGCUACCUCAUCUACCGUGGGAAGUACAAAGAGGCAGAGCAAGUGCUUACAAGGCUAUUAAAUCGCCCAGAAACCAUCCCGCAGGAAGUCCAACUACUCGAAGCCCAAGUCGAGGAACAGCAAGAAUUGCACAAGGCGACCUCAUUCAAAGACUGCUUCAAGGGAACUAAUUUCCGUCGAACUGUCAUUGCCAUGGGUGUCCAGAUACUUCAGCAAGCCCAAGGCGUCUCCUUCAUUCAGAACUUCAUCGUCACUUUCGUGCAGCAGCUCGGCUUCCCGGAUCCCCUGCGGACGAAUGUCAUGGUGACUGGAUGCAGCUUCGCCGUCCACAUCAUCACUUUCUUGACAUUUGACAAGAUCGGCCGUCGACGCUCCUUGUUUUUGCGAGCUGUUGGACUCGCCGGUAUGAUGAUCGGCACAGGGGCAGCGACAGCAACGGGCUCCGCAGGGAACUACUCCAGCGCCGUUUCCAACAGCUCCGCGGCACUGCUAAUAUUGUGGUAUAUGGGUCCUGGCUACUGGGUCGUCGCUGACGAAACCGGAACGGGCCAGCUCAGAGAAAAGACACUCUUACUUGAGUCCAUGGGCAGCUUCGUCACUUCUGUUACAAUCAACUUUGUCAACCCUUACGUCCAGGCAAAGCUCGGCGGCGCCGUCACUUCCAUCUACGGCGGAUUUUCGGUUGUUGCAGUACUUUGGGUCUUUUUCUUCGUUCCCGAGACUAAGAAUCGCUCACUUGAGGAACUUGACGAGAUAUUCCAGGCUCAGGUUAGGACCCGAAACUUGGACAAGUAGAUCUCGUCUGGCUUGGGCGCCCAAAUCACCAAAGUGGAAGACUUGAGCAGUAAGAAAGCCCAGCUGGAGCAGGCAGAGGACGCUUGAGAAUAGGCGGCCAAUUGUGUGGCCCGAAAUGAAAGAGUGAGGAGCGAAAUGUAGGAUGAUAAUUUAGCUUAUUCUGCC